UGGGAAGACUAGAAUGUUUGAAGUCAUAUCAGAAACUCUGGAGCAUGACUUCCCUUCCUGGUUCGGGAAGGUAUUUGGCUAUGCCUCUAACCCUGGACUCAUCCUACCCUUUAUACUGCUGAUGGUCCUGAGUAUUUAUUAUCUCAACGCGACAUCCAAAUCCUACAAGGAAGCUAACUUGGAACUUAAAAAGAAGUUACAAAGUCAAGCAGAAGAAAAUAAAAGAAGAAACAAACAAAAGGCACAAAAAUCAAAUGAACCAGAAGAAAAUCCAUUUGAGACAGAACCGCCAAAGCCUAAAGGAGGCAAGCAAGAUGAAUCCACUCCAAACCAAGACAACAAGAAAGGACAAGAUGGCAAUGAAUCAAAGAAGACAGGACAGCCACAAGAAGCCAGCUCCUCUCAGGCGCUCCAGCAUCCUGGCCCUGCCCCAGGCAGCCACUAUCCCCCACAGAGCCAAUUAGGAAACCUUCCUCCCCCAUCCAUAGCUGUGACAAGGCCCCCGGGGCCAAGAAG